AUGGUGCAGCAAUUAUCCCUAGUAUCGUCAAUUCCUCAUUCGAAUUACCUCCAAACAAUAACGUCUCUUCAGGCCAUCACUGGUAUACUACAACCACAACAAAUAUCCACCUACUCAUUAAUAACCAAGCCAAAUCAUGUUUUCAAACCUAAAUUUGAACCAGGUAAAAUCAAUCAAAUUGAACAGUAUUAUAUGAAAUGUACGACAACUUGGGAAGAACCAAAAAGUGGGCAUUUAGAUAUUGCUGAACCGGUGUUCAAUGAUGAUAAAGACCAUCCUAUAUUGGUGAAUAAGCUAUUCAGUAAUAGCAGUGACGAAGAUGAGAAUGUCGCUGGUGGCUGUAGAGCUAAUGGUAAUGGUGGUGGUGUUGAACGUGUGUGGACGCUCCAGAUUAGUGAUAUACCCAUUGCAGGAAAGAAUCAAACUUGCUCGCAACAGACAAUUUACGAAAGUACUUUGGUGCAUACACACGUUGGUGUUGAGAGUGGAUCACUGAAUGAAAUGGAAGAUAAGAUGGAUAUUGAUAUGGAAGUCAAAGUGGAGAAGGAGGUGAAAAAGGAGAAUGAAAAUGAGAAUGAAAAGGAGAAUGAAAAGGCGGAUGCACCUAUCAUCAAGAAAGAAGAAAAAGCUACAUCAAAUGAUGAAUCCAAGACAGAUGACACAAUUACCAGCAAUGGCAAAAAUUCCACUAACGAAACAUCGACCACGACGGUGAAAACCGAGCCACGGGAAACACACAAGACCACCACUUCAAAGAGCAGCAAAAACGACUCCUUCCUAAUCUUUCUUUAUGAUUUAGGAUACGACGUAGUCAACCAGUACUGGAUCAAAGGAGUACGGUUCUUUUACAAGGACAUAAUCAUCGAAAUCUACAAGAUAUUCAUUCGUGAUGACGAAUUCAAUCACAAUGUGGGCCCUACAUCCACUACUGCCACUGAUGCCAAUGCCAUCAAGUUGAAAUUAUUAGAUGAAUCAAAUACAUUUCAAAUCAAAUGUUUUGUCAAUGUGCCCAAGACUACCGACGUUGAUCAAAUCAAUGCUGGGGCUAAAGAAUUGACCAAGUUGCAAGAGUUUGUCAAGAAUUUGUUUAUUUUGGAAAUACCGGAUCGAAUGUAUAUGGAUUCAAGAAUACAGAGCUUAAAAUGA